CACUGAGGCCUGAUUACUGCCACACCUGUGCACUGAGCGUGAGUGGAUUUCAGCGUGGAGUGAUUUUGCAAGUGAGCCACAGACUGUGUGAAGAGGAGUGUGGCCCUGGACUUUCCCUCGAUUCCCCCGGAGGCCUCCGUUUGAGUCCAGCCUGUCCGGCUUUGACAGUAAUAAUGAUUGUAGGAGCUACCGGAGCACAGAGGAGAAGAGCUGGUGAAGCCUGGAGACUGGGUGUUUGUCAAGGUGAUCGAAGAAAAACAUGGUCAGCAACCCAGGUAGGAGGAGUAGCUGUAAUGGAUCAUUGGAUGUUUUGGACUGCCUCUGAAACUAAUAUUUCUUGGUGUGUAGCUUGUGCACCUGCUACGCCAACACUGGCCAUAUCACCAUUUCGACUACCAUCAGGUGGGGAUGGAGGUGAUGGACCAUUUGUUGCUGAGGAGACACUGAAGAGUGAAACUGCCACAGAUGCUGAUGCCAAACCAUCCAUCACAACUGCUGAGAGACACCUCUCCAUUCAAACUAAACUGGAGGGCCUUGAGAUGCUGGUUGACCUCAGCGGUGCUGGGCGGAAAUCGUGUCCUCUGUGUCCUGAGGAGAAAUUUAAGGCCUGUUACAGCCACAAACUCCGCCGACACCUGCAGAACCUCCACUGGAAAGUGUAUGCAGAGUUUGAAGGCUACAGGAUGUGCAUCUGCCACCUGCCCUGCAGAAACGUUAAGCCCAGCCUCAGCGGAGAUCAUGCAUCUGGGAGACAUGUCGCUCACUACCACUGCGUAGUGUGCUCUGUUACCAUUGCCAGGAAGACGGACAUGAUUAGCCACUUGAAACGCCACGUAAACAAAGGCGAGACUGAGGCUAGCUACUCCGGGACCUCAGAUGUCUUGUUUGAAGAGCCAAGCCCAUCAGGUCAAGCCUACGAAAUCAUGAAAGAACUCGGAACAAAUGUUCAGCUCCUCCCAAACCACACCACUCCGCAGAAGAGUGACACUUACUUCAAUCGCAAGAUGAAGACCAACAGGCAGCUGGUGUUUUGUUCGCUGGCUGUUCUGGCCGAGGAGAGAAACCCUGUUGAGUGUCUGGAUGCUUUUGGAGCCACAGGCAUCAUGGGCCUCCAGUGGGCAAAGCAUCUCCUUAAUGCCGUGAGAGUUACUAUAACAGAUAUCAGUGAGACAUGUGUCAAAAUGAUUAAAGAGAACUGCAAGCUAAACAACAUCCGAGUGGACGGAGGCAUGCGAGUUCCCCGGGGGUCUGAUGGGGCCAGCGGUGAGGUCGAAGGAGUGCCCAUUGCUACUGUUGAGGUCGCCAAGAUGGAUGCCAAUGUCAUCAUGCACCUGCGACCUUUUGACUACAUUCACCUAGAUCCAUUUGGUACGGCAGUGAACUACUUGGAUGCUGCCUUCAGAAACGUCCGAAACCUGGGCAUCAUCUCUGUGACAUCCACAGACACGGGAUCCCUUUAUGCCAAGUCACCCAAUGUCACCCUGCGUCACUAUGGCUGCCACAUUGUACGUACCGAAUACUACAGAGAGUUGGCAGCACGAAUGGUCGUGGCGACUGUAGCCAGAGCGGCAGCACGCUGCAACAAGGGCAUUGAGGUGCUGCUAGCGGUGGCAUUAGAGCAUUUUGUGCUGGUGGUCGUGAGAGUCCUCAGAGGUCCUGUGCAAGCUGAUGAGUCAGCCAAGAAGUUACGAAAACUGAUGCACUGCCAGUGGUGUGAGGAGAGAGUGUUCCUCAAACUGGGAAACAUGGUGGAUGACACACUACCCUGCAACUGUCAUGGAAGUCUGCCUGGAAAAACAGCAGUGCAGCUGGGACCGCUAUGGUCUGGUCCUCUAUUUAACACAGGCUUUCUGAGAAGGAUGCUUUCUGCAGCUGUGAAGCACAGCAUGGAUGAUAUCCAGCCGCUUGUCAAAACCCUGAUCUAUGAGUCUGAGUGCACCACCCUCAAGUCUUUAGUCCACGGACCGUCUGCUCUCACCAACCAAGUGGAGUGCGGCGUUGUUAUUAAGACCUUAAACACUGGAGAGGAGUCGGGUGCUGCUGAUCAGUCUGGAAAGAGGAAGAUUGCAGAUGAAUCUGGGAACUUUGUGAAAAAGCUCAAGUCUGAUGCUGCUCUGGAUCACCCACCAUUCUACUACAGCAUCCAUCGCCACAGCAUUCGUGGCAUGAAUAUGCCCAAGUUGAACAAGUUCCUUCAGUACCUGACAGAAGCUGGCUUCAGAGUGAGUCGGACUCACUUUGAUCCAACGGGGGUUCGAACCGACGCCACGCUGCUGCAGUUUAAAUCUGUCCUCACCAAGUACAGCGUUCCUACAUGCACCAACGCCAGCGCCACUCAGACCAGCGUGAGCGUGGAGAAAACAGUGUGAGCAAAGAAAAGGCUUCACUUCUCCACACCUGAAGUAAAACUUUAUUUCUUUGCUGCUUUACGCCUGAACUAACUUCUCAGUCAGUUUCAGUCAAAACAUGUGGUUUUUCUGAAUAAACUUUAAUCAAACAUAAACCAAGGAAAGAUAUUUUCUAUUUGUACACAAAUUCAAGUGUUACACAUGGUUCAUUUUAUCUCUAUUUAUUUCUCCUGAAAAUCUCUUUAUUACCUUUUUGUUUCCUUUGUUUUAUAAAAGCAUAAAAAUCUUGUCUCUU